ACAACGGAAAGAUUGGUUUCCGGUUCGAGGCUAGAGAAGAAGACGUCGAUUAAUGCCGUGAUCGAAUGGUGUGUGCGCGUCUCUUGCUGUGUCUGUCGGCCGGUUGUUUGGCCGCCGGAUUCUACCCCGAACCGGCAGAAUACUUCUAUCCCGAGCAAUUCCUCGACUACAAAACGAAUGACAAAUUCCUGAGAAACGAAAACACCAGAAUAUCGAUCGAAGAACAGGUAGAAUGGCCUCCAGAAAAUAUAUUCAGAGACAUCCGACAGGUAGCGGGCGUGGACGUUGACAGGUUAGGAAAUGUCCACGUGUUUCAUCGUGGGGACAGAAUGUGGGACAUGAGAAGUUUUAAAGGCGAUAAUUAUCAGCAACAAGAAUUGGGCCCUAUUCAAAUUGACACGAUCUUAAUUUUGGAUCCCUCUUCCGGACAAGUAAUUAGAAGCUGGGGGAAAAACAGAUUUUAUCUUCCUCACGGAUUAACUUUAGACAGUCACGAAAAUUCUUGGGUAACGGAUGUAGCCCUUCAUCAGGUUUUCAAAUUUGCUUCAAAUAACGAGGAACCUCUCCUCGUUCUCGGACAAAAAUUCAAACCGGGAUCGGAUAGAUCUCACUUUUGUAAACCUACAGACGUGGCUGUGUCGUCAUCUGGCAUUGUCUUUGUUAGUGACGGUUAUUGUAAUUCUCGAAUUAUAGCGUUUAAACCGGACGGGACGUUCCAUGGAGAAUUUGGACAACAAGAUAAAAUGAACGUACCUCACAGCUUAUCGUUGAUAGAAGAAAGAAAAUGCCUGUGCGUUGCCGAUCGUGAGAAUGCCAGAAUUCUUUGUUAUUCGCUGAAAGAAGAUGGUUCACUCGGAGAUUUAACAGUAAACAACGAUGUACCCACGGGUGCUCCAUAUGCUAUUGUUGAUAGAGGUGAAUACAUGUUAGCCGUGACGUUAUCCUACGCAAGAGAAGGCGCCGCCAUGGGUAUAACAAUGAAACUAAGCGACGGAGACGUAAUAAACACUUGGCAUUCUUACGAAGGAUUUUCCAUGCCUCACGACAUGGCCAUUACUUCCAAUGGAACAUUUUUGUACGUUGUGGACGUUGGGAAGUUUACAGCAAAGAAAGUCUUUAAAUUUGAAAUUAAUGACGUUAUCUAAAUUAUUUUAAGUUUAUUUAUUUAUUUAAAAUAUUUCGUUAUAUACGUUUCCAGUUCAAUAGCAGAGAGGUUGCGGCUGACGUUUUCUUGAACGUCGAACGUCGAGCGCCGCCUACAAGAUAUCUGCGCUCGACGUUCGACGUUUACGUUUGAGAGAUGAAAACUUCGGCCUCAAUCUCGCUAAUUCGCUAUUAAUUUUCUUCCAAUUUCUCGUUCGUUGCGGCAGAAUGGACCAAUCCAAUUUUAAGGACAUUUCUAAAAGAAAAACCUUAUUUGAAUUAAUUGUAAUUUAUUUCACGAAAUUAAAUAUUUACGAAAAUAUU